AUGCCGGUCCGCAGGGGUCACGUCGCGCCUCAAAACACUUACCUGGACACCAUCAUCCGCAAAUUCGAGGGGCAGAGUCGUAAGUUCCUGAUUGCCAAUGCUCAGAUGGAGAACUGCGCCAUCAUUUACUGCAACGACGGCUUCUGUGAACUCUUCGGCUACUCCCGCGUGGAGGUGAUGCAGCGGCCGUGCACCUGCGACUUCCUCACAGGCCCCAACACCCCGCGCAGUGCCAUGUGCCGCCUGGCACAGGCCCUGCUGGGGGCCGAGGAGUGCAAGGUGGACAUCCUCUACUACCGCAAGGAUGCCUCCAGCUUCCGCUGCCUGGUGGACGUGGUACCCGUGAAGAACGAGGACGGGGCUGUCAUCAUGUUCAUCCUCAACUUUGAGGACCUGGCCCAGCUCCUGGCCAAGAGCGGGAGCCGCAGCCUGCCCCAGCGCCUGCUGUCCCAGAGCUUCCUUGGCUCUGAAGGCUCUCACGGCAGGCCGGGUGGACAGGGGCCUGGCACAGGCACAGUCAAGUACAGGACCAUCAGCCAGAUCCCGCAGUUCACACUCAACUUCGUGGAGUUCAACCUGGAAAAACACCGCUCAGGCUCCACCACCGAGAUCGAGAUCAUCGCACCCCACAAAGUGGUGGAGAGGACCCAGAAUGUCACCGAGAAGGUCACCCAGGUCCUGUCCCUGGGCGCGGAUGUGCUUCCGGAGUACAAGCUGCAGGCGCCACGCAUCCACCGCGGGACCAUCCUGCACUACAGCCCCUUCAAGGCUGUGUGGGACUGGCUCAUCCUGCUGCUGGUCAUCUACACGGCUGUCUUCACGCCCUACUCAGCCUCCUUCCUGCUCAGUGAUCAGGAUGAGUCCCGGCGCGGGGACUGCAGCUACACCUGCAGUCUGCUCACAGUGGUGGACCUCAUCGUGGACAUCAUGUUUGUCGUGGACAUCGUCAUCAACUUCCGCACCACCUAUGUCAACACCAAUGACGAGGUGGUCAGCCACCCGCGCUGCAUCGCCGUCCACUACUUCAAGGGCUGGUUCCUCAUUGACAUGGUGGCUGCCAUCCCUUUCGACCUGCUCAUCUUCCGCACUGGCUCCGAUGAGACCACAACCCUGAUCGGACUGCUGAAGACAGCGCGGCUGCUGCGGCUGGUGCGCGUGGCGCGGAAGCUGGACCGCUACUCGGAGUACGGGGCGGCUGUGCUCUUCCUGCUCAUGUGCACCUUUGCACUUAUUGCUCACUGGCUGGCCUGUAUCUGGUAUGCCAUCGGCAAUGUGGAGCGGCCCUACCUGAAGCCCAACAUCGGCUGGCUGGACAGCCUGGGCGCACAGCUCGGCAAGCACUACAAUGGCAGUGACCCGGCCUCGGGCCCCUCGGUCCAGGACAAGUAUGUCACGGCCCUCUACUUCACCUUUAGCAGCCUCACCAGCGUGGGCUUCGGCAAUGUCUCGCCCAACACCAAUUCUGAGAAGGUCUUCUCCAUCUGCGUCAUGCUUAUUGGCUCCCUCAUGUACGCCAGCAUCUUCGGCAACGUGUCGGCCAUCAUCCAGCGCCUGUACUCAGGCACCGCGCGCUACCACACGCAGAUGCUGCGCGUCAAGGAGUUCAUCCGCUUCCACCAGAUCCCCAACCCGCUGCGGCAACGCCUCGAAGAGUACUUCCAGCACGCCUGGUCCUACACCAACGGCAUCGACAUGAACGCGGUGCUGAAGGGCUUCCCUGAGUGCCUGCAGGCCGACAUCUGCCUGCACCUGCACCGCGCUCUGCUACAGCACUGCCCGGCCUUCCACGGCGCUAGCAAGGGCUGCCUGCGCGCGCUUGCCAUCAAGUUCAAGACGACGCACGCGCCGCCCGGGGACACGCUGGUGCACCUGGGCGACGUGCUCUCCACGCUCUACUUCAUCUCCCGCGGCUCCAUCGAGAUCUUGCGCGACGACGUGGUCGUGGCCAUCCUAGGGAAGAACGACAUCUUCGGGGAGCCUGUUAGCCUUCAUGCGCACCCGGGUAAGUCCAGCGCGGAUGUGCGGGCACUGACCUACUGCGACCUGCACAAGAUCCAGCGGGCAGACCUUCUGGAGGUGCUGGACAUGUACCCUGCCUUUGCGGACAGCUUCUGGAGUAAGCUGGAGGUCACCUUCAACCUGCGGGACGCAGAUGGGGGUCUCCAGUCAUCACCCCAGCAGGGUCUGGGUAGCCAAGACCACCAAGGCUCCCUCCUCAAUGACAACCAGUCAGCCAGCCCGAACAGACAGGGGCCCCAGCCCCCCUCCCAGGGCCACAGCCCCCUGGGACCUGGAAGCCAGACCUCUGUGGGAGCAGGACUUCUCCCUCCAAGGUACCCAGUUGCAGCCCGGUCCCUGAGCACCUCAGACACAUCUGGCCUCUGGCCUGAGUUGCUGCAGCAAAUGCCCCCAAGGCACAGCCCCCCAAACCCUCAGGGAGGCCCAGACAGUUGGCUUGGGGAGCUAGGCUCCAGGCUCGAGCAGCUCCAGGCCCAGAUGAACAGGCUGGAGUCUCGCAUGGCCGCAGACCUCAGCCACAUCCUGCAGCUCCUGCAGCAGCCCCUGCCACAGGGCCACACCAGCUACAUCCUGGGAGCCCCUGCCUCCAAGGACCUGGCCUUGUUUCCUGUAGCCUCAGCGACUCAAAGCCCAGGGCCCAGGUUGCCCCAGGGCUGUCUGCCUCCUGUACAGAACCCAAGCUAUGGUGACUUGGACCAAUGUAGGCCAAAGCGCAGGAACUCCUCCUCCAGGAUGCAUCACCUGGUCAUGGCAAUGGACAAACCUCUGACACCAUCCUUGGAACAGGAGCAGCCCCAGGGGCUUCUGUCACCCUUGGCCUUGCCUCUGUGUCCCACAGGGAUACAGGGACUUGUCUGUGGUCCCCGCUUCCCCUCCCUCCCUGAACACCUUGGCUCUGUCCCCAAGCAGCCAGGGUUCCAGAGAUAUGGCUCAGAUCCUGGAUUUACAGGGAGUUAG